AUGCUGAUUCAGGUGUUUGAUCUGCUACAACACGACGACUUCCUUGAUCUCUAUACUCGCUACCCAUCUGUCAAAGCUUUGUUCAGAGAGCCUUUGCAACGAUCAGUGGCGGAACAGUGCGACUUUUUGGCUCUCCAAUACGCACUACUUCGUGCAAGAAAGCGUAACGGUCCGGAGUUUGCGAGGCUUGCUGGCGAGACAUCUGGUGAAUCGCAAAUAAACAAUUUUGUCGAAGGCGCACUGCACGAUGUAUAUUCUUGGGAGCCCGAGCCAUGGGCAAUGCCGGACGAUGACGAGCUGGCAAAGCUUGAAGCCCUUAUCUGCCUUCCCGGCGAAACCGACACUCAGCUUCCCAUGACCGACGAGGGUAUCUUAUACUUUCCGGACUUCAAGUCGGUAUCUCGGCCUGAACUCCAUGCCCGCGGCCUAAUUCCUUUCUGUCUUGAGAACCCAAAUCUUCACAUAGAAAGGUGCAUCGAUCUGUUCGACAACCUACUUCCGGAAGGCUUCAUAUGGUUCGAUACAUUCAAUCCCGAUCUCGAAGUUGACUGGCUGAAACCUACGGAAUGUUUCUGGGUACGGAUUCCUUGGAUCGAAGAGGCCUAUGAGCUAUCUUCAUGCGGGAUGUCACCCCACUCCUUCAGCUUAGUCAUUAAUGGCUCGACCCCAGAGAUCUCCGAGAUCUGGAAAUUAAUCAAGUACGCUGCGGCUACACAGGAAGCGCGACUCGAGCAAUAUCGGCUUCUGAAAGAGGACCCACCUCCUAGGUCACAUAGGCUGGAUUACUAUUUCUGCUUGGCUCUCCCUACGAACUUUGCAAAGAUGAUCCGCGAGAUAGUAGAAGGCUCGUCAGUCGUCAAGUUUGAAGGAGACGUAGGUGAGCUCUGGGAUCCAGAUGUGUUUUUCUUCGAACGCAAAGAUUGGAGCGACGAGCAGUGGGACCAAGAUUGGAUCGAUAAUAUCGUUUGCUACGGGAUUCCAUCGAAUCGAUUCCGGCAGGCGGCAAAUAGGUACUCUAUCGAGCCAUAUGCGCUAAGGACGACACAUCGUCUCGUCAGACACGGAGAGCGUGACCCGAAGGAUACACGCUCAGAUCUGUGAGGGGUAUACGUGCUCUACAGUAGCUUUAGCUUGAGUGCCAUCACGCCACAUCUUCGCGACCUCCGACACCCAUCUACAGCAAAUACAAAUCGUCUUUUGCGACAGCAUCACAGCCUCUAUCGUACUUCUAAUACAAGAACAUGGUGUCUCAAGUAGACAUUCCAUUACAGGAUCAACACUUCAAUAUAUCGCUUCCGCAUCUACUUGCCAUCAUACCCCUUAACCCCCUUAACCCCACUCCCCUCCACC